AUGUUUUCGCGAGCAGUCCGACCUGCGCUCAGCGUGGGCAAUGCAGCUUUGGCUCGGUCCGUCGUGCCAAAGUCUGCCGCCCAAGCCGCCAACUAUGCCACGCUACGAGAAAUUGAGGGCCGAUUGAAGUCGAUCAAGAACAUCGAGAAGAUCACCAAGACGAUGAAAAUUGUUGCCUCGACCAAGCUCACCCGAGCACAAAGAGCUAUGACAGAAUCACGAACCUACGGACAGACAGCUAAUGAGGUUUUCGAGUCUGCCGAGACUAAGGCUUUGGACGAGAAGAAGACUCUUAUGGUCAUUUGCUCCUCCGACAAGGGCCUUUGCGGUGGUAUCCAUUCCGGUCUUUCGCGAGCCACGAGAAGAAUGUUGACCGAGCAUCCCGACUACGACCUGGCUAUUAUUGGCGAGAAGUGCAAGGCUCAACUAUCCCGAUCUAACGCAAAGAACAUUGUCCUAAGCUUUGCUGGUGUUGGCAAGGACGUGCCAACAUUUGCCGAUGCACAAGCCAUCGCUGAUCAGAUCUGCUUGCUUCCAGAAGAGUAUGGUAGCGUCAAGAUUCUCUACAACAAAUUCAUCAAUGCACAGACUUACGAGGCAACACCGAUCGAGGCUUUCUCAGAAGAGGCCAUUACUCAGUCGGCCAACUUCUCCGCAUUCGAGAUUGACGAUGAAGUCCUGGGCAACUUGAGAGAAUAUUCAUUGGCCAACUCGCUCUUCUGGGCUCUUGCUGAGGGUCAUGCUUGUGAACAAUCUGCUCGAAGAAAUGCUAUGGAUAACGCAUCGAAGAACGCCGGUGACAUGAUCAGCAGAUUUACCAUUCUGUUCAACAGAACCCGACAAGCCGUCAUUACUGGCGAAUUGGUGGAGAUUAUCACUGGUGCUACUGCUUCAGCAGAACAGUAG